CGCGGCGUUCAGAUCACUCACAAUUAUCUCCCGCGAACGAUCGUGUUCUUCGUGUCACACCGAAAAUCUUCACUCGAGCACGUGUUCCGAGGCGCGAGUAAACCGGCGAACGAAAAAGAAGAGCACAACAAAAAAAAAAAAAUUCCGGCCGGCCGGUUCUAAAAAUAGCGUCGCGACGCCUUCCCCCUCACCGAGGUGCGCUAGACGCGUUGUUUUGUUUAGUUUUUCGUCGUUGUCGUUGCUUUGAGUGAAACAUCUAUUCGAGAUGCCUCCAACGGUGAUUCGGAUGCCAAACGGAGGAGGUUCGUCAGGAGCGGGAAUUCUUGGCUCUCGAGGAGGAGGAGGUCACUUCAAUGAGUCCCAGAACCGAGGCGUUCGGAUUGGGUGCUGUCGGGUUUGUACCUGUAUCAAUUUGGAGUUUUUCAUGUCGAAAAAUGGUAUCCUGAAGAUUUUUGAGCUGAUCCUCGGCUCGUUUUGUCAAACGUUGCUGAUUCAGUUCGGGAUGGAUUCGGCCAAGGAUAUUGGAGAGGCGUUUCAUGGAUUUUUAACGACGGUAUCGGCCUGUUUGACGACGACUGCCAUUCUGCUGCUGUGUUACGCGAUUUCGUCCAGGACGUUUCAUCUGGUGCGGCAGAGCAUUUUCGAGGUAAUGUACAAUGGAAUCGCUUGCUUCAUGUAUCUGAGUGCCUCGUCGUACCUUGGAUUCGCUGUGAACGUAUGGCUGUACCCUAAAUUUCUACUCUUCAAGAACACCGGAGGACUCCACAGUGCCUAUCCAGCGAUGACUGCAGUUUACUACAUGGGAACAAUCGUUGGAAUCGUAUACGGUAUGGAUGCAUUCGUGGCUUAUCGGUAUUUGAAAGGAUAUUCUUAAGAGCUUUUGAACAGUAAAAUAGAGUGGAUUAGAUAAGCUUUAUUCCUAAGUUUAGAAGUUAAAUAACUUAUUACUCAAAACUGUUAAAAAGGAUGUGAUUAUUUGAUGCAUUUGAAUAACUUUUUUAUGAUUAUUGAAAAGUAAAGUAAAAGUAAUAUUAUAACUUCAUCUUUUGUAGUAUAUUAACUAAGUGUUAAACGCGCUACCAUUGAAAAGGUUUAAAAAAAAACAGUGUUAUCCGAAAUAAGAGUUAAGGAGAUUUUUUUUUUAUUAUCUGACGGGUUUGCGCCGGGGGUAUUCAGAUUUUCCCCAAAAUUGAAAAUUUGGUUCAUUUUCAUUUUCAAAGCUACAUAACUCUGUUGUUUCUCAACGGAAAUUAUAAAAUAGCACAUCAAAAUGCAUUGAAAUUUCUCCUCUACACUACACUUUCAUCUCUACAAACCACGAAAAAGUAGUGUUUUUUACCUGCUUUGAUAAGUUCUUUUGUUUCCAUGUUGUUAGAAGUGCGUGCUAUCUCCAUAUGUGAGUGCAGUUGUUCGACCAUUGUUUGUUUUAGAUGCAAAAAAAGAGAUUUAUUGUCAUUAUUUCUUUCAUAACUCUUCAAGGUGUUAAUGGCCCACUUCGGUGUCUUCAGAUGAAAGUUGCAUCAUGAAUCGAGCUAU